UGCAGUGCAACAGCAUCUCUGCAUCUGACACCACAAGCCGGACUGCUUUUCAAAGAGGAGCCCGUCACAUUAUACUUUCACCAUGGGGAAAGUUGAAGGCGGGAUGAAAUGUGUGAAAUAUCUCCUCUUCCUGUUCAACUUUAUAUUCUGGUUGAUGGGCUCGCUGGUUCUGGCUGUGGGGCUCUGGCUGAGACUAGAUCCAAAAACCGUGUCUCUUUUAGAAGGAGGACCUGAGACCUUCUUUAUCGGGGUCUAUAUCCUCAUCGCGGCUGGGGGUCUGGUGAUGCUGGUGGGCUUCUUCGGCUGCUGUGGUGCCGUGAGGGAGUCUCAGUGCCUUCUGGGAUUGUUUUUCACCUGUCUUCUGGUCAUCUUUGGAGCAGAAGUCACUGCAGGAGUGUUUGGGUUCCUCAACAAAGACGAGAUCAUUAAGGAAAUACAAGAUUUCUAUGACAAAUCAGCAGAAAACCACAAAAAUGCAACCGUCCACUCUUACCAUGUCAAAUUGAACUGCUGUGACUCGACCAGUUUGUGUCAAAACGUUGGAUCAAACCAGACAUGUCAUGAGGCCAUUGCAGAGUUUUUCAACAGUAAGCUCUUCAUCGUGGGUUAUGUGGGGAUUGGAAUCGCAGGAGUCAUGAUUAUUGGCAUGAUCUUCAGUAUGGUCCUAUGCUGUGCAAUUCGGACCAGCAGGGAGGUGAUCUAACCUGGACAUGACCUUUCACCUUUGACACUUAACCUUUGCUGGACUUGCAUAUACAACAAUAGCAUUCCAACAAAGUUCAAGAUGUUCUUCUGCCACUCAGGAGCCGAAAACAAACUCCACUUUCAUAAUCCUGUACACCUCAACCAACCGAUGGUUAGUCCAGCCUAGUUGUUUAAAGUCUAUCAAAUAGCUGGAUUGUCUUUAUUUAAUGCCCGCUUUGGAGCUGGAUCUUCCAAAUGCGACUAAAUCAAGGUGCAAAUCGUUUUAAUAUCAUUUCAAUUUUGACUUCAGUUCUAGUGCACAUUGAUCAGCUCUUUCUGCGAGGGUUUGCAGAUGUAUGUAUUGAUGCUAUUCUAGGCUGUUGCUGCGUGGCUUCACAUGUCAGGUAAAAAUAUUGUGUAAUGUGAUGCCAGGGCUUCUGUGGCAAACACACAGCUGCUGGGAACAUUGAUAAGAAGACCCACAGAUGCCUUUCACUUUACAUUUGUACGUAAACAAAGUAGUCUUCUACAUCACGACACGUUCCAAACGCAAAUAAACAUUACGGAAGGAUCAGAACGACAUGCACAUGCGCACAAAACUCACAAAACUCUUCAGAAGAAUCCUUGCAUGCAUAUCGUCCAGUAAGCCCUCUUAAAGGGACAGCUCACCCAAAAAUUGUGUCAUUAUUUACUCACCCUCAUGUUCCAAACCUGUA